AGUGCAACGGUCGCUAGAUGCCGGCUGACUCCUAGCGAAGGCGCACCUUGCCGGGGAUGGACCAUAGGGACACUGCUAUGUUAGGAGUGGGAUCUGAUUCAGAUGGGCCUGUGAAACCCCCCUGUGCCACGACCAGCAAGAGAGACUCCGCCCCGGAUAACAAGGCGCAGGACAAGGUCUCUGAGAGCGUCCCCGGUACCGACGCGCAGCAGUUCUCCAUCACCGAAAGUGACUUCUCAGAGGGAAAUCUAAGGUUAAAGAUCGGCCUCCAAGCCAAGAGGACCAAGAAGCCCCCAAAGAACCUGGAGAAUUAUGUCUGUCGGCCGGCAAUAAAGACCAGCAUUAAGCACACUCGGAGGGUCCCAAAGGGCAGGAAGAUGGUUGAGGACAGAGAGGAGCAGGAUUCCUCCAAGUUGCAGAAGAAGUCGGGAGAUGGCGCCUCCGCUGACAGCACGAAGGUGGAGUGUGUGCCUGUCUGUCCUGGGGAGGAGAAGCCUUCACCUUUGCACUCAGAAACCAUUGAGCACAGCAAGGCAGCAACACCCGGACUUGUUACUAACGGAGGCCCUGACUUAAAGGACAGGGUCCUGGCAAACGGCACAGCCGCCAGCGUUACCGAGAAACUCGCUCAGCUCAUAGCAACGUGCCCGCCUUCCAAGUCUUCCAAAAUCAGAGCCAAAAACUCGGCAACUUCAGCCCCUGCCAGUGUGGUUACUGAAAAGGACCCUUCCUCCCCGGCCAUAGGGAGAUCGGUUUCUCCUCCCAUCACUGGUAGCGGUGGCCCAGAUGACGGUGACAGGAUGGGCAGCCAGGUGUUAGAGAGAAGUAGUGUACGGCAAGCCAAGGACAGCAUCUUAGAGAAGUUCUGUAUUAGUAGAGAGGUACCAAGUACUGAAAAGGAUGCUGUUGUAGAGAGGGAGGCGGUACCAGGGGAGGACUGCUCCGCUGGUGGGCGAGGCUUUCCUGAAGCCACCAUCCAGGAAAAGCUUUGUCCCGUAUAUUGCACUUCAUUGGACUACAGCAUGGGGGGGGCAUCGUCUGCCAGGUCACCACUCGGUGCAGUUGGUGAGGGCAAUCUCCCUUCACCGGCCCCAGAAACGUCUCUAGCGUCCUCCUGUAUGAGCUCAAAUGUGAAUUGUCCCCAGUCCCCCUCUAAUUCAUUGCACUUAAACCCUGACACAUCACGCGUGGAAUGUAUUGAUGAGCCAAGUGACACAAGCCAGUUUACAUCUGACACUUUACCUGCUAGCGUGGGUCACAGAACCUCUCCGCACUCUAUAGAUUUCUCACAAAGGGAUAAAACCUCUAAAGAGGUCAAAAGUGUUUGUAGCGAGAAUGUAAGGAGAACUCAUUUGCCCUCUGGGCCUUGUGUAUCUAACAAAAAGCCCACCCAGCGAGUGGAGCCUGGCAGCCACAAGUCAGACCCCUCUGUUGUCAGCUUUGCAAGUUUGCUUAGGAAAAAGCAAUUGAUAAAGGUAAGCAGCCUCGCAGAGAAGCAGUUUCAUGCUGGCCAGCAUGGGAACGCCAACGCACAGACCAAGCAUUUCAAAAAAAGGAAGGGGAAAAAGCCCAGGUGGACUAAAGUACCUUUGAAAACCACUCGGCCCCCCAAGGAGUCAUCAGAACAUGAAGUAUUGAAAACAAGCCACAAGCUCCAACAGUAUGGACCUGAGAAAUGCGUUGGACGGAAUACAUUUCUCAGCUAUGUUACCAAAUCUGUGGUGUCCAAACCAAGCACUUCCAAUGAAGGCUCUAUCAAGGAAACUCACAAACAAGCUCCUAAGCUUUUUAGUGCCCAUAGGAACUACAAAAUGGUUUGUCCUUCCAGAGACUAUUUAGGUGCCCAUAAACCUAAAAGAGGAAAGCCAAAAAGUAAAGACAUGCCACAUUUGGAAGGCCCUCCCAAGAGAGCUUUAAAAAUCCCAGCUUUUAAGGUGGUCACCUCACAGUCUACAGAAGAACAAGGACCUCCUGUUCUUCAACCAGAGGUUGAGAUGCCAUCUCUAAAAACAAGUCUAACAAGACCGCUAUUUCCCCGGAAGAGAGGGAGGCCGAGGAGGGAUUCGGUCCCCCAAAUGCGUACUCCGCCUGUCCUCUCUGUUGCACCUUUUUUGGUAACUGGUAGCCAGAAGCAAACCGAAUGUGUAAGCGAGAAGCACCAAAAUGAAGAUCUCUUCCCUGGUAAGUUCCAGGGAGGAGAUGAAGCCUACAAAAUGGGCGACCACUGCACUGAGCCGGACAGGAAAUCUCGAAAGAGAAAUAAUGGGCAAAUUGUGAAAACUAUUAUUCGAAAGAUAAAUAAGAUGAAAACGAUUAAGAGAAAGAAGUUGCUGAGUCAGAUACUCUCCAGUGCCGCCGAACAGAACUGCAAAGGGAAGGUCCAGACAAAGGCCCAAGAAACGGUCUCCACACUUGCGGCCACUUUUGGUUCUCGGUUGGGGCAGCAGAUAAAUGUUAGCAAGAAGGGAACCAUCUACAUUGGAAAGCGCAGAGGUAGGAAGCCAAAGGCAAUGCCUGAAUGUGAUAUGACCAAGAACCCUGCAAGUUGCCCGUCAGACAAAACAAGUCAGCAGGAAUCUGCCACAUUGUUGGGUCAGAUUGUUCCACCGAUCACAUCUCCAGCUGGCUCUAAUGCUGAAGUUCUUCCCUCCUCAAUUAGUUCUCUCUCCUCUGGGGUAAGCGGCGCCCAGAGUCCAAUGAGCAGUGAUGCCAGCUUUGCAGAGCCAAACCCUGUGCCAUAUAUACACAUGCACCCCAGACAUGGCACCUUUUUGCAGACACUCGCCAUGAGGAAGGUAUCCAAGGACUCUCGGCAGUUGUCCCCUCCAGCACUGUUGCCAAACUCUCCUUCUCACUUAAACGAAAUGAGCUCCCUGAAGGAAGCCACGUCUUCGCCCAUAAGUGAGUCUCACAGCGACGAAACCGUCCCUAGUGACAGUGGCAUCGGAACGGAUAACAACAGCACAUCGGACCGGGCUGAGAAGUUCUGCGCUCAGAAGAAGAGGAGACACUCCUUCGAGCACAUCUCCCUCAUCACUCCCGAGACCUCGGCUGUUCUGAGCACCCUGAAGGAGAAACACAAGCACAAGUGUAAGCACAGGGGCUACGACUUUCUCAGCUACGACAAGAUCAAGCGGCAAAAGAGGAAGCGCAAAAAGAAAUAUCCGCACCUGCGCAGUCGCCAGGAUCCCGAUUUCCUGGCAGAGUUAGAGGAGAUUGUGAAUCUCUUAAGUGACAUCCACAUAACUCACCGGAGUCACCAUUUCAUCCCCAGGGAUCUGCUCCCAACUAUAUUCCGCCUGAACUUCAAUAGCUUUUACAGUCAUCCAACUUUCCCAUUGGAUCCUUUGCACUACAUCCGGAAACCGGAUUUGAAAAAGAAGAGGGGGCGGCCACCCAAAAUGCGGGAUGCGAUUUCGGAGAUGCCCUUUAUGCACAGCCUUGAGUUCCCCCUCUCCGGCACUGGUUUUUAUCCAUCCUACAGCAUGCCUUACUCUCCCUCUCCUCUUACCGCCACACCUAUUGGCUUAAGUUAUUAUGGACGGUAUCCGCCAACCAUCUAUCCCCCUCCCCCUUCUCCUUCAUUUACCACGCCACUGCACCCCUCCUCUUACAUGCACACAGGCCAUUUAUUACUCAAUCCUGGCAAGUACCACAAGAAGAAACACAAGCUGCUCCGUCAGGAGGCCUUCCUGACCACCAGCCGGACCCCACUCCUGCCUGUGGGCACUUACCCCAGCGUCCCACCAGAUAUGGCCUAUGGUUGGAUGGUUGAGCACAAACACAGGCAUCGACACAAACACAGAGAGCACCGAUCUGACCAACAGCAGCUCUCCAUGGACUCUCUGGGUGGGGUUGGCUCUUCCAGGACUGUUUUGGAAUCUUUAAAACGUUACAGGUUUGGGAAGGACAGUGUAAGCGAGCGGUACAAACAUAAAGACAAACACAGGUGUCACAUAACUUGUAGUCACCUGUCACCCUCCAAGGGCUUAUUAGCCAGAGAUGAGCAGUGGGCUCGUAGAGAGACCUCCGACAGCUCUCUGGGCCUUCAGACUCCAUUGCAAAUAGACUGUUGUAAUACUUCUCCAGGCCUCUCGUUAGGAGGCUUCGCUUCCAGCUCUGAGGCAGCCAGCAGUGAUGAACACACCAACCUCUUCACAAGUGCAAUAGGUAGCUGCCAUGGCAGCAUUCCCUCCACCGCUGGACGCAAAACGCUCAGCGACAGCCCAUCCUUCUUUCCAGACCACAGAUCAACGAGGAAGGAGACCCUCCAACCUCCGACAGCAUCCCAGGAGCGGAGUUUACGGACGCCAGAGACUGCGACUUGUAGCCCAUCCAGGAGGAGGACGCUAUCGGAGAGCACUUCGUGUUCUGUGAUGGGCGUUUCUCUGCGAGGAGCUCGGAACGUCUGUGCUGCAGAGGAUUCCGUGGACUGCAUACCCCAGCAUGCCACGUAUGGGGAGAAACACGGCCCUUCGGACAAGACCAUAGACUCUUUCCUCACCGCUCCUGCUGCGGUUGCUGCCUCGUCCAGCCCGGCUAGAGUACACAGCCGCGAGAGAAGUCAGGGUAAGCCAGACUCUCUGCUCGUCUCCUCGUCUGCAGCACAAGCGCCCCCUAUGGAUGGUAUGACGGGGUCCUCCAGCCGGCUGCCCAGCACCUGCCCUGCUCUCUGCCUGAAGAGGAGCGUGGUGGAGGCCAUGCACAAGCAAGCCCGGCGGAUGUACAGCUACGACAAGAUCCUAGCUUCUAAGAGGAACCUGGACCAUGUAAAUAAGAUCUUGAAGGCCAAGAAAUUGCAGAGACAGUCGCGGACCGGAAACAACAUUGUCAAGAGACGUCCGGGGAGACCCAGGAAAUAUCCGCUGGAUUCCGUCCUCCCCGUGGAGCUGGUUACCUGCCUAAUGAGCCCAGUAGCCGACACAGUCACCGACGUCAUUGAGGCUGUAGUGCAAGGCGUCAGUCUGGAACCAGAGCAUCGCAAUGGCUGGAAGAGGAAGCACUUGGUCAUGGAGAAGCCAGUGAGGAAGCGUCCGAAUUCACUAGAGGAUGAGGACCAGGAGAGCAGCACGAGUAUGGCCGACUUUCCCAACAUAGAACUUUCCACCGGCCAGGAGGUGGGCCUGAGCCAUGAAGACUGCGGCGUGGUUAGGUCCUGUCACCUCAUACCUCUGGGCCCGCGACAGAAAAAGAUGCCUCGACCCCCCAAAAAGAAGUUCCAGAAAGCUGGCCUCUUCUCUGACGUAUACAAGUCAUCUGACCCCAAGAGUCGUCUCAUGCAGCUGAAGAAGGAGAAGCUGGAGUAUGUUCCCCGGGAGCAUGAAUACGGUCUCCUGCCAGCGCCUAUCCAUAUCGGGAAGUAUCUGCGACAUAAGAGGAGUGACUUCCAGCUUCCGUACGACAUACUGUGGCAGUGGAAACAUAAUCAGUUAUAUAAAAAGCCGGACGUCCCGCUCUACAAGAAGAUCCGCUCAAAUGUGUAUGUGGAUGUAAAGCCUCUGUCUGGAUAUGAAGCCACCACAUGUAACUGUAGGAGACCAGAGAACCACGAGGAAAAGGGCUGCGUGGAGGACUGCCUUAAUCGAAUGAUUUUUGCGGAGUGUUCCCCAAACACCUGCCCAUGUGGGGAGCAGUGCCACAACCAGCGUAUCCAGAGACACGAAUGGGUCCAGUGCUUGGAGCGCUUCCGGGCGGAGGGAAAGGGAUGGGGCAUCCGCACCAAGGAGCCCCUGAAGGCCUCGCAGUUCAUCGUUGAGUAUCUGGGCGAGGUGGUGAGCGAGCAGGAGUUCAGGAACCGGAUGAUUGAGCAGUACCACAACCAUAGUGACCAUUACUGCCUUAGCCUGGACAGUGGCAUGGUGAUUGACAGCUACCGAAUGGGCAACGAGGCUCGCUUCAUCAACCACAGCUGCGAUCCCAACUGUGAGAUGCAGAAAUGGUCUGUGAAUGGUGUUUACCGGAUUGGAUUGUAUGCGUUGAAGGACAUGCCGGCUGGGACUGAGCUGGCCUAUGACUACAACUUUCAUUCCUUUAACAUGGAGAAGCAGCAACUCUGUAAGUGCGGCUUCGAGAGGUGCAGAGGGAUCAUCGGUGGGAAGAGCCAGAGGAUGAAUGGACAGACCAACAAGGGGAACCACUUGCUGCCGUCCCACCGGAGACUGGGGCGCUCCAAAGAGAAGAGGAAAUCUAAGCAUCGGCUGAAGAGGAGGAGGGGUCACCUGAAUGAGGAUCGUAGUGAUACUGCCGGGACCCCAAACAGGCUGAGCCCACAGCUCCACAUGAAGCCAAUGUCCAACCGAGAAAGGAACUUUGUUCUCAAGCACCGAGUUUUCCUGGUGAGGAACUGGGAGAAGACGCGCCGGAGACACGAGGAGGUGAAGGAGGACCUGACCUCUGCGUCGCUCUAUAACCGCUGGAAUAGCGUCUGCAGAGAUGAUGGAAACAUUAAGUCUGAUGUCUUCAUGACCCAGUUUGCUGCGCUGCAGACAUCCCGCUCUGUACGCACCAGGCGGCUAGCGGCUGCGGAGGAGAACAUAGAAGUGGCCCGCGCAGCCCGCCUUGCCCAGAUUUUCAAAGAGAUCUGCGAUGGCAUUGUCUGUUACACAGAUUCUAUGGACCGGAGCCUGGCCGCCCCCCUGCUCAGUCUUCCACACAAGAAGAAGAACCCUUACUACUAUGAGAAGGUCGGGGAUCCGCUGGAUUUGCUGACCAUCGAGAAGCAGAUUCUCAGCGGACAUUACAAGACUGUUGAAGUCUUCGACACGGACAUGCUGAAAGUUUUCCGUAAUGCAGAGAAAUAUCAUGGCAGGAAGUCGGCUGUAGGGCGAGAUGUAUGCCGCCUCCGCAAGGCCUAUUACAGCGCCCGCCACGAGUCUGCCGCACAGAUAGAUGAAAUCAUGGGAGAGACUGCCAGCGAGGCGGACAGCAGCGAGACGUCCCUCUGCGAUAAAGAGGGGACACACGAGAAGGAAGACGACGUCAUACGCUGCAUCUGCGGCCUGUACAAGGACGAGGGGUUAAUGAUUCAGUGUGAGAAGUGCAUGGUGUGGCAGCAUUGUGACUGCAUGGGCGUGACGUCGGAUGUGGAACAUUACCUGUGUGAGCAGUGUGACCCGCGGCCCGUGGAUAAGGAGGUUCCCAUGAUUCCGUGUCCUCACUACGCCCAGCCCGGAUUCAUCUAUUUCAUCUGUCUCCUACGGGAUGAGCUGCUCCUCCGGCAAGGUGACUGCGUCUAUCUGAUGCGAGACAGCCGCCGUACACCGGAUGGGCAGCCGGUGCGACAGUCCUACCGGCUGCUCUCACACAUCAACCGGGAGAAACUGGACAUCUUCCGGAUAGAGAAGCUGUGGAAGAACGAGAAGGGCGAGCGAUUUGCCUUCGGUCACCAUUACUUCCGACCACACGAGACGCACCAUUCGCCAUCCCGAAGGUUUUACCACAAUGAGCUGUUCCGCGUGCCUCUGUAUGAGAUCAUAGCGCUGGAGGCCGUGGUUGGCACCUGCUGCGUCCUGGACUUGUACACGUACUGCAAGGGACGCCCCAUGGGAGUCAGAGAGCAGGAUGUUUAUAUCUGUGACUACCGGCUGGAUAAAUCCGCUCACCUGUUUUACAAAAUCCACCGCAACCGCUUCCCCGUCUGCACCAAGAGUUACGCCUUCCAUCACUUCUCCAAGAAGCUGACGCCAAAAAGAGACUUCUCACCGCAUUAUGUGCCGGACAACUACAAACGGAACGGAGGCCGGUCAUCCUGGAAAUCUGAACGUCCAAAGCCAUCAGGCGGAGAUCUACAACAGGAGGAACCUCUGCCGAUCAUGGAGGAUAUAAUGGUCGACGCAGACACCCCAUCAGCACCGGAAGCGACCGAGUCAGACCCCACCCAGUUGGAGAUAACUGAAGGUGGAGCAUUGGACGGUGACGGCUGCCCCCCGCGCCUUUGUUCCCUCCAAGACCGGCAGCAAGCAAAGAGAGCGAAACUCAACCGGAUCCUUCUGGGGCUCCUGGAAAAGCUCCCGGGAAAGAAUGUGAUCGAUGUGACGUAUCUCCUGGAAGAGGGUCCAUGCCGCAAAUUACGGAGACGCACUCUCAACCUGCCUGAGUGCAUCUUCAGAAAGUGACCAGAGACUGAUGCGGUAACUUGUGCCCCUGGAGUACAGACGAGACUUGCACGAGCACUUCAACCUAUAUUCUCUCAGCUCUUCUGCCUUGCAUUGCUGGGAUGGGACUAGGGGAUAUGAGCGCAGGACUAACCCCAAAUUAUUUAUACAGCGGAGACACCUAUGAUCUCCCUACUGUAGAGUCCAGUGUGCACUAAGAGCUUCUACAACCCCAAGUCCCAAAAGUGUCCUCAAAAUAAGAAUGGUGGUAGCUUAUUGUGCUAUCCUGAUUAUGUUCUGCUCUGCAGACCUUUGUGUAUGUACAGUUCUGCUGUUCUGUGUCACUCCCAGUCGCCCUUACCACCCACUUCCCGAGUGUCCUGCCGCAAUACACCCUUCCAUUAUUCCACUACUUGCCUAGAAACAGCGCUUUUCCCAUUACUAGCAGCAGAUGUGGCCACAACACGCUGAAUGUUACACUCGGCUGGUUCAGUGCAUGGAGUACCUUAGUCUCCAGGGCCAGGAGGUGACAGUACUGAAACUAAAUCACCUGUCCAAUUGUCCCACCAGGAGCGUAUUAUACAAGACUGUAUGGAGAUCUCAAAGAGAAGACUAUGCUGAAAGGCCAUCUCCAAGAAGACCUCUCCUGUUCAAUUGUACCAUCCUGCGGAUACUACACUAGACUGAAAGGACAUCUCUAGGAGAAGCUCACUGUUCCACCAAGAGGAGACUAUGCUGAAAGGCCAUCUUCAAGAAGACAUCUCCUGUUCAACUUUCCCACCCUGAGGAUACUACACUAGACUGAACGGGGACAUCUCUAGGAGAAGCUCACUGUUCCACCAAGAGGAGACUAUGCUGAAAGGCCAUCUUCAAGAAGACAUCUCCUGUUCAACUUUCCCACCCUGAGGAUACUACACUAGACUGAACGGGGACAUCUCCAGGAGAAGAUCACUGUCCCACCAAGAGGUGACUAUGAAGACAUCUGAAAAAAAAAUAUCUUUAGGAGGACAUCCUCAUUCCGACUAGCUCACCUAGCGGAGACUAUCCUACUAUAAAAGGGAAUUUCCAAGAGUACAGUAGAAGAUAUCCACACAGAGGGAAUAUCUCAAGGGUGGCUGGAGGACCUUUUCCUAUCAUACAGCAGGACGAGGUUAUGACAUACGAUGCAUAAUCAGGUUCCAGUCAUUUCUCCAAAGAUCAUGCCCCGCUAAAUGGUUUUCCUAUUCUCUUAAUGGGUUGGGUGGGUGCUGCUUCCAUCUAGUACUUCCGGAACUUCUGGAAAAUGGGAGAGUGCAUUUGCAGUAUGUACAAUAAUUGGCAGAAGCUCCUGUUUUCCUGCCAUAUAUACUUAUAUAUCUAUUUGAGCAAUGGUGGAUGGUUUCUUUGCUGAUAUAUAUAUAUAUAUCUCAGUGGAAGAAAGACCUUUCCAAAGUGACAGCAGAAGGCAGCACUUUACCCAAAGGUGUCCCCACGCCCAGACAAUGGGUCCUUUAUGUCUAGGGAUAGAACAAUGGCUAUUUCUAGGACAGCCACAAAGAGGCACUUUACCUGUAUCCACCCAGCAAAGGUCCAUAUAUAAAUGGGAAAUCUCCAGUGUACUCUACACCAAGUGACCAGAGUACACAGGAGUCAUUUUCUGGGUUCAGAAACGUGCUGUGUGCGGCAGGAGUGGACACGUGCCUGCACCCCCGGGGUGCAGAGCCUCCGUUAACCACCCAGUGCCCAGGAUGAAGGACAAACGUGGGCUGGUGGUUGCAAAAAUAAAGCAAAGCUUAAGGAUUUCUUCAAGAUUCCAGAUCUAACGUCCUUCUAAAAGAACGAGAUUGUUUUAAUAAUGUGCCAAGUGAAGUGUGUGUGUGUGUGUGUGUGUAUGUAUGUAUAUAUAUAUAUAUAUAUAUAUAUAUAUAUAAUAGGAAUAUAUACACACAUACAUGAAUAUAUUAGCGUGGAUGAUGAGCAAUACAUGUUGGUUUAUCCUGGACAGUGACUGUCCCAAUGUACAUUGUUAGUUCUCUCAUUCCGCAAGUCCCAGCCUCAGCACCAAAACUGGCGGACUUGUGACAUUUUCGUUUUCUGAUGGGGAAAAAAUGCAGAAAAUUAAAAUUUCAGUUAAAAAAAAAAAAAAAAAAAAUUAAAACAAUAUUUUAUUAAAAAAGCAAACAAAAAAAAUCCUGAGAUGUGUUUUGAAUAUUUUCUUAUUGUAAAUCCAGGUGUGCGUAGCCGGAGUAUAUAAGACUUGUCUAGGCGCAAUGCUCUGCGAUACCACUCCAUAAAGGGAAGAUGAUGAAUUAAUUGUGACACAUCCUACAGAGCGUCCCAGAUCUCCACGAGACCCCAGCCCAUAGCGGUCACGUAGCUGUGUUGAGACAAUCAAAGGAUAUGAAUUGAGCGGCGGUAUAAAUAUAUAUAUAUUUUCUGUGUGUGACUGUGUUGGAUUUCAUUUUUUUUUUCCUCUUUUCCUACUGGUGUAGAAAUGUCAUUUUUGGUUGUUUUAUAAUAAUAAUAAUAAUUGGAAGGAAGGUUCUCAGUGGUUUCUAAACGCUGGAAGCACUACACCGUGGCGUAGCCCGUGCGGUCAUUUGCUGCUAAUUUGUUCCAUUUUUACAAGGAGACGAGAUGCAUAACGACAUAGUUAAUUGUUUCGAUGUUAAUCUGUAAACGAUGUAUGGAUUCUAGCAAUGGAUGUACUCUGCACCUACUGAGAGUCUAGUAUUAAAUGGAAGAAAACCCUCUUUUUCCUAUUCUCA